AUGUCGCUGUGCCGCCCGCGGGUGUGCGCACCACGUCUGGUCCGGGCCUGGUGUCGUGCGGCCCGGCCGCCCAGCCUGCGGGCCUCUACUGGCCUCUACCCGGGGCCCACGGGGCCCCCGCCGCCGCCGGGCUGCUUCUCGCCGUACGGCCUCGGCGGCGAGCACGGGCGGCCCAAGAACGCGACGCGCGAGAGCACGGCCACGCUGAAGGCCUGGCUGGGCGAGCACCGCAAGAACCCCUACCCCACCAAGGGCGAGAAGAUCAUGCUGGCCAUCGUCACUCGCAUGACGCUCACGCAGGUCUCCACGUGGUUCGCGAACGCGCGGCGCCGGCUCAAGAAGGAGACGCGCGGCGGCCCCCGCGACACGGACGACCUCGAGACGAGCGCCAGCGACGACGGCUGCAGCGGGGGCCGAGGCGGGGGAGGGGGCGAGGGGGGGGGCGAGGGGGAGGGAGGGGCGGUGGCGGUCGGUGUGGGAGGGCUCCGUGACCCCGAGCGACCCCCGCCCGGGUCGUGGACACGCAGGGACGAGGACGACGACGACGACGACGAUGACGACCUGGAGAUCGACCUCGAGAACAGCGACGGGGAGCAGCAGCGGCAGCAGCAGCAGCAGGAGGAUGAUCGGCAGUGCGGCGGCCUGCACGGGCGUCUCCUGGGCGCGGAGAGGCGCCGCGCCAGCAGCAGCAGCAGCGGCAGCGACGACGACAACGAGGGGGAGUCGGAGUGCGGCAUGGGGGGUCGGAGGUCGCCUGCGGGGCCCGCAUCCCCCGUGCGGGCGGCGGCCCUCGCCGAGAGGAGGGCGGUGGACGAGCGGCACCGGCGGCAGCAGCCGCAGCAGCAGGAGCAGCAGCCGCCAAAACCCAAGAUCUGGUCCCUGGCAGAGACGGCGGCCGCCCCGGACGCGCCCAGGGGCGCGCUCGCCCCGCUCCUCGCCCCGCUCCUCGCCCCGCUCGCCUACGCCGCUGCGCGGCCCUCGCGAGGCUUCUCCGCCUGGGAGGCCGCGUCGCCCCGGGGCCCCGGCCUCCUGCAGGGGCCCCUACCCGGCGCGCGGGACGGGCCCCGACUCACGGACUCCACGAUUGCGGAGUGCAGGACAGAAUUCCUCCGCGUGGCGACGCCGUAGUUGGCACGGCGCUCUCGCUGGGACGCGGAGCGAGAUGCCCCCUCGCGUGCGGCCUCCUGCGGGGACCCCAGGGGGAGGGGCCCCAAAGUUCGGGCGUCCGGGAGGCUCCAGGAGGGUCCGGGGGGCGUCCGGGGGGGUCCGGGGCCCCUAGCAGAACGCUCGAGGACACAGCCUCAGGAUUGAGUGCCGCUCCACGUGGGGAGCUGCCCCCCCCAGGACAGGGGUCGAGGGGCACGGAUCCCUGCCGAAGGCCCCCCCCCCCCCCCCAGCGAAGGGGGUUCUCACGGGGGUCAAGUGGGGGGGGGGGUUUCACCGCGGGGCAGCGUGGGGGGGGGGUGCCUGGCGGGCCCCGUGGACACGGCGGGACUGUGUGCGCGGGGGUCACGCUGGGACGGGGGCGCCGCCUGCGCCGCGUGUGCCACGUGCCGCGUGCCGCGUGUGCCGCGUGCGCCGCGUGCCGUGUACCAAGUGGGAGCGGCGAGGGCUCCGCGUUGCCGCCUGUGCCGCUCCGUUGUCGAUUUUUGGAAUAAAACCACUCGUGGCCCACGA